CAUUAAUAAACAAUAUAAAUAUACCGAUAGUAAACUAGUUUCACCAAAGAAAACUAUAUUAAAAAUUUGCUCACUGCUUCCAGCUUUUUGGUUAUUCAAUUGAUCAUAAUAACAUGACACUAGGAAGUACUCUUUGACACGAAUAAUAUUAAUUCUCGUUUGGCACCGGUUUAUUCAUCGGGAAACCCACCACGUUUGUUUUUUGUUCCAUGUCAUAUAAGUCACGAAAUAACUAGAGAAACGGAAAUACUUGUGAAAUGUCAGUUUACCUUAUUUUGUAUUGUCAGAUGUUUAUUUAUUGCUUUUACGCACAAGUGAAAGAUACGAACUAAUUGAAAUUGCUAUAAAUAUACUCAGUUUAUAAGUAGAUGGUCUAAGAAUAAUGUAAUUAACAAUAAAUAGUUGGAGAUUAAGAAAUAUAACUAUUUUUGUUUUUGUUAAAUGAGGUGUGAAAGUUAAGCUUUCAUUUUCCUGCAAAAUAUUUCAGUUUUCCUGAUAUGUUGAAAAUGUUUUAACUGUAAAAUUAGGAAUCUUGACAUAACAUGUGGACUCCUGGUGUUCGAAUCGUGAGGGGGCCUGACUGGAACUGGGAAAACCAAGAUGGGGGAGAAGGGCAUAUUGGAACAGUAUGUGAAAUAGGAAGAACAGGAACAGUUGGAGCACCAGAUAAAACAGUUGUAGUGCAAUGGGAUAACGGAUCCAGAACAAAUUAUAGGGUCGGUUAUGAAGGGAAGUUUGAUCUGAGAAUCAUCGAUAAUGCACAAAUUGGUGUGAGGCAACCAAACAUAGUAUGUGAUGGUUGUAACAGUCAGGGAAUUAGCGGAAUGCGGUACAAAUGCAUGAUUUGCUAUGACUAUGACUUAUGUUACAUGUGUUACCAUGGAGAUAAACAUAACCUCACCCACACUUUCAAAAGAUUUGAUUCUGCAAAUUAUGUUGGGGUCGAUCUUCCACCACGUGCCAAUGGUAGAAAAUGUGAGUUGAGGGGGAUUUUUGUUGAUGCCAAAGUAGUAAGGGGCUUCAAUUGGGAAUGGGGAAACCAGGAUGGGGGAGAAGGAAAGCUUGGUAUUGUUUUGGACAUCAGGGGUUGGGACAAUGAGAGUAGUAGGUCGGUGGUGAAUGUCCGUUGGUAUUAUGGAUCUACUAAUGUAUAUAGGUUGGGCCACAAAGGAAAUUGUGACAUAAAAUUCGUAGAAUCUUCUUCCGGUGGUUAUUAUUAUCCAGAUCAUCUUCCAGUUUUAGGCCAAAAUGUAGAUCAACAAGUAAUUAGACCUAGUAGAUCAGGUCCUUGCCCUUUUGGAAUCGGAGAUAAAGUAAAAGUUACUGUUUCAGUGGACCAACUAAAAGCUAUGCAACAGGGUCAUGGAGGAUGGAAUCCCAGGAUGGCUGAUUACAUCGGAAAAGUUGGAUCUGUUCAUCGGGUGACAGACAAAGGUGACAUUAGGGUUCAAUACGAAGGUUGCAACAACCGUUGGACUUUCAAUCCCAUCACUCUUCAUAAAGUCAAUAGUUUCGCAGUGGGAGAUGUAGUAACAUUGAUAACAGAUGCAGAAAAAGUCAAAGAAUUGCAAAGGGGUCACGGCGAAUGGAUUGAAAUCAUGAGAAAUUCCUUAGGAAAACUUGGUAAAGUUCUCAAAGUAUAUUCGGAUGGAGACUUGAGGGUUCAGCUGGAAGGCCAUACUUGGACGUUGCAUCCUCAGUGUGUGAGGAUCAUCCCUGGGAGUGCAGCGGAACUGGCAAACACAAUGCAUGCUCUUCAAAACCAAAGACAAGAGCCGUCAAUACAAUGGUCACCUGCCAAACAGGCAGAAGAUCAGAGUAACAGUCUAGCGGAUCAGCUAGUACGAGCAGCAGCUCAGGGCCAUUUGGAAGCGGUGAGGGGGCUGCUGAAAAAUGCUCCCCGCAAUGCGGUAGAAGGGCGUAGCAGCGGCAAAACUGCACUCCAAGUAGCCUCUCACCAGGGACACGUGCACGUCGUCGAACUUUUACUCAAAUGUGGGGCUUCCGUGAAUGCUAGCGACAACGACGGAGAUACUUGCUUGCACUACGCAGCAUUCGGUAACCAGCCAGAGGUUUUGGAUUUAUUGGUCAAAACUGGAAUAGAGGUUAAUGCUGCCAAUUUCAGUGGAUGUACUGCUUUACACAUAGCGGCUCACAAACAACCAGCGAAAUGUAUUGAAAUCUUGCUGGCAGCAGGCGCAAACCCGAAUUGCGCUGAUCAUUACGGUGAUACUGCUUUACAUGAUGCCAUUGGAAAGGAUAAUCUGCAGGUUAUAGAACACCUGUGCAGAGCACAAGGAACGGACUUCACCCUUCAAAAUAAACGUGGAUUCAACGUGUUACACCAUGCAGCUUUGAAAGGAAAGACUUUUGCAACUAGGAAAUUGCUAAGCGUCGCCAGACAAUUGGUAGAUGUCAAAAAAGAUGACGGUUUUUCGGCUCUACAUCUGGCCUCCCUCAAUGGCCAUAAAGAUGUAGUAGAAACUUUAGUUAGGUUGGGACAAGCCGAUAUAGACUUGAGGAACAAUCGAAACCAGACUGCCCUUCUUCUGGCUGUGAGUCAAGGCCACUGCGCUGUCAUCGAACUACUCGUCAGACUGAAAGCCAACAUAAAUGCCAAAGACGAAGACGAGGACACCGCCUUGCACUUGGUCCUGACGAAACGCAACCACCUCAACGGUGAAGUCGAUCGCGACGAGAGCCCCGAAAUAUACGCCAUAUACCAGAAUCUCGCCCACCUGCAGGAGUGCCACAUGGCGAUGGCGAUCGCGUGCUUCCUCAUACAGAAAGGCGUCGACCUUGACGCUCUCAACGGCAAAGGUCUCUCUGCGCUGACCAUAUUGCAGGACGAGGUUCUGCAGGACUUGGUGAAGAGCUACAAGCCGACCGAGGAAGACGUGGAACAGGCGGAGGACGUUUGCAAUUUGGAUAGUUUGACUCUGAACGAGAAUGGCAGGGAGGGAUAUAACUUGACAGAAGCAGGGCCAAACGGGGGAGCUGCCGGAGAAGGCGGACAACGGAGAAGGAGUAGGCUGAAGGUGGAUAAGGAUAAAGUGGGUACAUCGCAAGACAGUCAAGACGAGGAUCUGGUUCCCAAGAAACCCGUCGAGUGCUUGGUUUGCUCCGAACUCUCUGAAGAAAAUGUUCGACUCGAGCCAUGCAACCACAAACCGGCCUGCGAAGACUGCUCGUCGCGUAUGAAAAAAUGUUUGCAGUGUAGUCAGAUCGUACUGAAGCGCAUCACCAAGGACGGCAGAGUAAUUCCGGCAAAAAGUCGACAGCCCAGUGCUGAGCGCAUGAGAUAUUUGGAGUGCAAGAUAGCAGAGAUCGAGGAAAGUCACGCUUGCGGUAUCUGCAUGGAGAGGAAGCGGAAUGUGGUGUUUCUGUGUGGACACAGCACUUGUUCGAGAUGUGCCGAUACGUUGAAAAUAUGUCACAUGUGUCGCAAGACCAUUACCAAAAAAAUUCCUAUUUAUUAAUGGUUUUGCUAGGGUUUGAGUCAAUGGCUAGAAUUUGCUUUGGUUUGUAACGUACAAAGUGUUGGCGAUAAUUUUUUACCAUUUCAUAUCGACCAGUUUGUAUCCACUCCGUUUGUUACAUGAAGGAAUUCUCUUGUGAUAUUUUGCAUUUUACUUGAACAUGCUAAAUAUAAUGAAUUAUUAUUUAAUAAUAACUAUUUAGACAAAC